UUAAUGGCUUCAACUGACAAGCGAGUUGGGAUUACUAAUAAUAUCAAAAAGUUGUCAACUUGGGUGAUCGAGUAAGCCUAUAUAAGUGUUCACAAACUCUGAGUAAGGAAGAGCACAAGUAAUCUUAUAUAUCUGAGAAGUUUUGUGAUAAUAGCUAGCUAGUCAUGGGUUCUUCUUCUCAAAAGAGGGUUGUAGUGUUACUUCUUGUCUUGAGCAUUUUCUUGGAAUUGAGUGCCAUCACUUUUGGUGAUGAUAAGCUUGAAGAGUUGAGGUGGGGUAAUGAUAAUGGUUGUGGUCGAUUUGGUAGGAGAGGUUGUGGUGGACGUGGAGGAUGGGGCGGACGCGGAGGACGUGGUGGAUGGGGAGGGCGUGGUGGACGUGGAGGAGGUGCUGGAGGAGGUUUUGGAGGCGGAGCUGGAGGUGGAGUGGGUGGUGGGGGAGGUCUUGGUGGAGGAGCAGGUGGUGGUGGUGGACUAGGUGGGGGAGGAGGAGGAGGUCUCGGGGGAGGAGCGGGAGGUGGACUAGGUGGAGGAGGAGGUCUCGGAGGUGGAGGUGGACUAGGUGGAGGAGCGGGAGGUGGAGUAGGUGGCGGAGGAGGUCUUGGGGGAGGAGCAGGUGGUGGAGGUGGAGGAGGACUAGGGGGAGGAGCAGGUGGUGGAGCUGGUGGUGGUGUAGGUGGCGGUGCUGGAGGAGGUGUUGGUGGAGGUGGUGGAUUUGGUGGUGGUGGAGGAGGAGGUGUAAGUGGAGGUUCAGGUCAUGGUGGUGGAUUUGGAGCAGGAGGAGGUGUAGGUGGUGGUGCAGGAGGAGGGCUUGGUGGUGGAGCUGGUGGAGGUGGAGGUAGUGGUGGUGGAGGAGGUAUCGGAGGUGGUUCUGGACAUGGUGGAGGUUUUGGUGCCGGAGGUGGUGUUGGAGGAGGUGCUGGAGGCGGAGGUGGAGGAGGAGGCGGUGGUGGUGGAGGAGGAGGUGGCGGUCUUGGAGGUGGUUCAGGCCACGGUGGUGGAUUUGGUGCAGGUGGUGGAGUUGGAGGCGGAGUAUCGGAGUUGGAAUUGGAAUUGGUAUUGGAGUUGGUGUUGGUGCUGGAGCUGGCAAAGGUGUUGGAGUAG